CAAGCCGUCGGUGCCUGUGCACGGGGCAGUCCGGAUCACUGGGCGAGGACAGACGACAAGAGUCUAAGAGUGAAGACAGGUGAACGGGGGUGAGGGGGUGGGACGCAGUGGUGGAAAAGACGAACAAUCCAACGGUGGUGUUCAAAUCGAUUGCGGCGAGUUGUGUUGUUUGUGGCCACUACAACCCUGAUGCAAAUGAUGAUGCGUCUCGCUCUGGCUCUCCUCCUUGUCGCGUGGAGCUGGGCGUUGAUGGCAGAUGUCCGCGGCGAGGCGGUCAUCAAGGAAGAUGAUGCAGGAAGCAUCCAUAUCAACACGAGCGAUCCCGUGCGCGAGCCUGUCUUGGUGAACGGGAUGAAUGUGGCUGAUAUGUUUGAGACAGUCGCAGCGCAGCACAGCAUGCUGGAGGAGUACAAGGCGACGGCGCACACGCAGCAGCGAAUGAUGGACGCGCAAGAGCAGACGCUUAAUGCGCAGCAGGAGAAGAUAGAGGCCCUCCGAGCUCAGGUGUGUCCCGCAAGGACAUCCACGUUUGGGCAGCUUGUACAACUUGGUCCGUUUGGCUAUAAGUGGCUUGGCGGUGUGGUUGCUGACAACGGCCUGAUCUACGCUGCUCCUUUCAACUCGCCGUCCGUCCUCAUCAUCGACCCCAGCAACAACACGGUCGACACGACUACCAUUUCCGGACUUGGAAUAGACUCGGGUAAGUGGGCGGGCGCCGUCGUGGCGCACACCGGUCUCAUCUACAUGUUUGCAGCAUCUGCGACGACCAUGCUCAUAGUGGACCCGAACACCAACGCUGCUGACACCAGCAGCAUCACCUCACCCGGCCCUGGCAGUUUCAAAUGGUUUAGUGGUGUGGCUGCUGACAACGGCCUCAUCUUCGGUGUCCCCCACUUUGCGUCGUCCGUGCUGAUCAUCGAUCCCGCCACGAAUGGCACGGAUAUGACCACACUGUCUGGGUUCAGCGGAAGUGCCCAGUGGUAUGGCGGCAUCCAAGCGCCCAACGGCCUCAUCUACUGCAUUCCUGUCUCCGCUAACUCGGUCCUGAUCAUCAACCCCAUGUCCCUCACCAUGGACCAGACCACGAUUCAAGGGCUGGAGACCACCCCCUAUCAGUGGUACGGUGGUGCGCUUGCAAGGAACGGGCUGAUCUACGGCAUCCCGUCGAUUGGGGUGUCGAUGCUCAUCAUUGACCCAGCAACGAACGCGACAGACACGCUUGUGGCCGCUGCUGCAAGCUCAUCCUCAAAGUGGGUUGGCGGUGUGCUUGCGCCCAACGGCAACAUUAUCGGCAUCCCCUACAGCUCGCCACCAGGUGUGCUCAUCUUCGAUCCAACCACCAACGACAUCGACACAACCACUCUGACCGGUUUUGACGGCAUCAACCAGUGGGUCGAUGGGGUGCUGGCUGGCAACGGGCUUGUGUAUGGCAUCCCAUAUGCUGCUGGUACCGUCCUCGUCAUUGACCCUGGGUGUUGAUGUGUCUGUGUGUGUGUACGUGUAUGUGUGUGUAUGUGCGUGUGUGUAUGUGCGUGUGUAUGUGUGUGUGUGUGUGUGUAUGUGCAUGUGUGUGUGUGUGUGUAUGUG